AUGAUGGUUCAUACACCUCAACAACAACAACAGUUAGUUCAUACUCCACAACAACAUCAGUCUUUAGCUUCUCAUUUCCAUCUCUAUCCUGUUGUGGAGAAAUUAGCAGAUGUGGUCGAAAAUGGAACAAGAGAUCAGAAUUCUGAUGCACUGGUUACUGAAUUGAAUAGUCAUUUUGAUAAGUGUCAACAGUUGUUGAAUUCGAUUUCAGGAUCUUUAGGAUCUAAAACUAUGACUGUUGAUGGACAAAAGAGAAAUCUUGAGGAAAGUGAGCAAUUGUUUCAACAAAGAAGGGAAUUGAUUGUGGGAUAUAGGAAAUCUAUUGAAGAGCUUGUGAAGAUAGAGCCUUAA